GUAGUAAGGAGAUUACAUGAGCAGGUUUGUUAGUGUGUCACCACAGUAGUAAGAAGAUUACAUGAGGAGGAGGUUUGUUACAUUGUGUCGCUGGUUCUGUGAUUCAGGCUCCUCCUCUUCCCCUCCAGCUGACCCAGUUGUCUCCUCUUCUCCUGAAUGACCCCUAAGGAUGGAGAAGGACAGGAAUGAGAUGACUAAGAGAAUAUUACACUUCACCUUGGAGAUCCUCCACCUGCUGACCGGAGAGGAUUACACCAUAGUGAAGAAGACAUGGGGGGAGUGUGUGGCCCCCAGCAGCCAUCUCCAUGAGUCAGGAGGAGGGAGCAGGGCCCGGGGCACCAUCACAGAGCCUCCACUUCACUCACUGAUACAUGAGGAGAAGAUCCUAGAACUCACCCACAGGAUCACAGAGCUGCUGACUGGAGAGGUUCCUAUAAGGUGUCAGGAUGUGGCGGUCUAUUUCUCCAUGGAGGAGUGGGAGUAUGUAGAAGGACACAAGGAUCUGUACCAGGACAUAGUCAUGAUGGAGGAUCACCGGCCCCUCACAUCACAAGGACAUCCCAGUAAGAAUUCUGAGGGAAACUUCAUGGAUGGAGAGAUCAUGGAGCGCUCCUCAGGAGAAGAUGGAGAGAUCAUGGAGCGCUCCUCAGGAGAAGAUGGAGAGAUCAUGGAGCGCUCCUCAGGAGAAGAUGGAGAGAUCAUGGAGCGCUCCUCAGGACAAGAUGGAGAGAUCAUGGAGCGCUCCUCAGGACAAGAUGGAGAGAUCAUGGAGCGCUCCUCAGGAGAAGAUGGAGAGAUCAUGGAGCGCUGCUCAGGAGAAGAUGGAGGGAUCAUGGAGCGCUCCUCAGGAGAAGAUGGAGAGAUCAUGGAGCGCUCCUCAGGAGAAGACCUCCUUACCCCUAAUGUCCAUCCAGAUCUAUCAUAUAAUAAUCCCCCUGAUCAUGGGGAAACUUCCCCUCACCAACCCCACAUUGUUACCACAAGGACAGAUCAGAGAGGGGGCAAAAAGUUUAAAUGUGAUGAAUGUGGAAAACAGUUUACAGCAAGCUCAAAACUUCUUAUACACAGAAGAACUCACACAGGAGAGAAGCCAUAUUCCUGCUCAGAAUGUGGGAAAUGUUUUAUACAAAAAUCACACCUUGUUCAACAUGAGAAAAUUCACACAGGAGAAAAGCCAUAUUCAUGUUCAGAAUGUGAGAAACGUUUUAUACUAAAAUCAGAUCUUGUUAGACAUGAGAGAACUCACACAAAAGAGAAGCCAUAUUCAUGUUCCGAAUGUGAGAAAUGUUUUAGACAGAAACAAAAUCUUGUCAAACAUGAAAGAAGUCACAUAGGGGGCGCGCAGUUUAAAUGUGAUGAAUGUGGAAAAGAGUUUACAGCAAGGGCAAGUCUUCUGACACACAGACAAAUUCACACAGGAGAAAAGCCGUAUUCAUGUUCAGAAUGUGGGAACUGCUGUAUACAAAAAUCAGAGCUUGUGAUACAUUUGAGAACUCACACAUGAGAGAAGCCAU